AGCGACGGCGCUGACACCACCACCACCACCUCCACCGCAACUCGCACAUUCCAAACAACGUCGGCGCUCUCAUUCCGAAUUAAAACAACAAAAACAACAACAACAACAACCGCGCAAUGGACUCGGAGGACCUGCAGCAGUGCAUGGAGUACGUGUCCAGCUCGGGGCUGACGCUGAGCCCCGAGGAGGCGGCCGCGUUGCGCGUGUCGCUGCGUGAGACGGGGACGCAGAUGCACCUGAGGGGCGUGCGGCUCUGGGGUCGCGUGUUCGCGCUCGGCGGACGCGACUACCUGGUCGCGGACGGCGUGCGAGACGGCGCCGACGAGCUCACGGGCAGGACCACCCUCUACAGUCUGGACGGACUGAAGUGGCAGCUGCUGGUGCAGAGCUCAGAGGUGCCCGACUUGCGUGCCCGCUUCCAGGGAGACCCCUCGUAUGCGCACAAGCUGGAGCCAGAGCAGGGCGGCCAACAGAGCAAUGGGGAGGCCCACAUCACGGACGAGGAGGCCACGGUGAAGGAGGAGGACCGGCUGGCGGCAACCAUCACGGCCAUCGAGCACGAGGCAGCGGUGGUGCCACGCGGGGCGUUCAUGCGCACCCCACUCGGCCGAGUUCAGCGCAACCCAACUUUCCAAGGGCUUUCACUGGAGGAGGCUGGGAAGCUGCGGUCAUACCUCCACUGGAGGCGCCCGGAGCGCCUGCCCAAACUCUCUCUGCUCGAGCGAGCGGAGCUGGACCCAGCGCUUGACUUCCUCGACCCCAUCGAACACGAUGUGCCGGCAGGGUGCUGGAGCCUGCAGCUGGAGCGCGGCGGGGCGCUGGUCAUUCUGCGCAGCCUGCUGUGGCCGGGUCUCACCUUCUACCACGUGCCCGGCACGCCGCGGCAUGGCUACAUUUACAUGGGGCUUGGCGAGAAGAACAUCGACCUCCCCUUCAUGAUCUAGACCGGCAGGGCAAGGCACCACACGUGUGACCAGAGGCACGCACACCGGCCGCAUAUGUUUGCCAACACCAAUGGAUUAUGAGAAGGGCUGCUGUUUUUUUACUUGGAGCUGCAAACUGAUGUUUAAAAGUAAAAAUGGCUUACAUUUACAAAGUGGUAUAAUUAGCUUUGAAAAACAAUCGGCAGCAUAUGCCAUGGAUCGCUAGGGUUGUAAAAUAUGCGGCCGCCUUUGUCUCCCGAGCGCUCGCAUUCCCUGGCCACAUUGCUCCAAGUUCUCGUUUUAGGCCAGGCCUACUUGAAGGGUGGCGGGCGCUAAUUGCAGGUUGUGCUGAGCUAUGGAAGAACCAGGAUAGGCUCCAAUAUGCGGUCGCUGCUGGUCAUAAAGUGAUCUGUGGCUGAGAAUUAAUCCCGAGUCUCUGGGAUUGCAGUGUAAUGCGUGUACCAUGUUGAUAGCACUCACAAAAGUAUUGGCUUGCAACAGUGUGGGAAUUGAAGGGAACCUCAUAAUGCCUCAUUUUAUAUGCACAGGGGCAUGUUUAACCGUGUAAUACAUAAAUCAACUGCUCUUCGUGCGUGUUGUUCUCAGACACAAGCCCUACAUAAAUAUUGACGCUCUGCGGGUUCCCUAUAAUUUAAUCCAAUCACCGGCCAUGCGUGAGUGCGAAUUCCUGUUACUCCCCCACCACUACCCAAACCCUCCCCACCCAGCAUGAACUAUAUUCCCAUUCCCACAGACAACGUUAACUUGCACUACUGAGUUCCAGGUUGGAAAUGCCAUUGGAAUGCAUUGGUAGCGGACAAGGUGGGGCAGGGGGGGGAAUUGAGUUUAAUAGAGGACGUGUUGGGUCGGGGCAGUUCAUAGAUGGCCCAGGGCUCCAUCCGUUCUCCGUGCCCCAGGCAGUAUGGUUCACUACACCCUUCCACCACCGCCAUCUCACAGUAUCUCUCCAUUCUGUCUCACUGUGGAGUGCCCCCAUUGCGCCGAGUAUUAUGUUAAUAAAUUUGCGUUGGAAAAUGUCA